AUGGCAUACCAGCUGUUUACAAAGAAUCAGACAAGGCAAGCGACUUCUUCGCCGUCGCUCUCUCCUCCUCCGACCAAUCGUCACCCCAUGCGGCCUCCUAUCCAUCCUCCUCCAGUACAGCCGCCUCAAUCAGCCGUCGCAAACACGCCUGGCCCAAAACAUUCAAAAGAAGAGAUCUUUGUCCCAUAUCCUCAUGACAUUCCAGCUGGUGUGGCGACAAAACACCCCCAUAUAACUGUCGAGAAAGUCAGCACCGCGCAUAUCCCUUCCCUGACGCGGAUCACGGGUUUACUCCUUCCCAUCCGCUACCCAAACUCGUUCUACACAGCGAUCAUAACCGAUCCGGUGAUCGCUUCUAUUUCGCGGGUUGCUAUUUACCAUGAUCACCCUGUUGCUGCAGCCCCGGGGUCCGGCGCAUCUGCCGGGACGGACAAGGUGAUAGGGGGCAUUCGGUGUCGGCUAGAGCGAAUCCGGCAGGCAGAGGACUCGAUCAAAGAGGCCAAAAUACAAGGGAAUGGAUGUCCCACGAAUCUCUACAUUCAGACUCUACAUCUUCUCUCGCCAUACCGGGGCCGUGGCGUGGCAGCAUCACUGUUGAAUUCGCUUCUAUUUGCAUCGUCACCGGACGGCAAUGGCAACGACUCAUACCGGGUAUCCGAGCUCGUCAGGCACUACAAUAUCUGCUCUGUCACAGCACAUGUCCAUGAGGCAAACGAAGAGGGGUUGGAAUGGUAUAUUGCACGUGGGUUCAAGAUUGACGGUGAUGUAGCCGAAUACUAUCGGCGAUUGAAGCCGUCGGGUGCGAAGAUCGUACGACUAGAUUUAAACAGGAAUGAGAAAGAUGAAUCAUCUGGUCCGACAGAAAGCAAUUCUCAGACUACAGAUUCUCCCGGUGAAGUAGAAGACGAAGACUGGGAGAAGGUGGAGGCGGAGGAUGGCGAAGAAGGUGACCAUGGAAUACAGCAUUUGAACGAAUCGCAAGUCCUUGUAUAUCAGGAUGCGCCUUCGCGCAAGCGCAAGGCUGAAUAUGAUGACCACAAGCCUCACCUCGAGUGA